CACUGAUGGGCACUGCUAGGUGGCACAAUGAUGGGCACUGAUGGUGGGAAUAAUGGGCACUGAUGGGUGGCACUUAUGGUGGCACUGACUGGCAGCACUGCUAGGCACUGACUGGCGGCACUGCUGGGCAUUAAUGGAUGGCACUGCUGGGCAGCACUGAUGGGGGGGGGGGGCACUGUCACUGCUGGGCACUGGUGGGUGGCACUGCUGGGCACAGGUGGGUGGCACUACUAGACGAUGGGCACAGGUGGGUGGCACUGCUGGGCACAGGUGGGCGGCACUGCUGGGCACAGGUGAGUGGCACUGCUAGGCACUGAUCAUCAGGGCACUGAUCAUCAGUGCCCUGAUGAUCAAUGCUG